AGAAGGAGCCAACAUGGACAAUCUUCUUUAUAGUUUUGGAAGCAGGUUUGUUGCCAUGGAGUUCACAUUUUGACUGGAGUUGAGAAGUAUAAAGGUAACUGUUUGUUUUAGUUUCAACGAUCUGGCAAAAAGAUAGGCUGUUGCUCUUCUUCUGGAAAAGCCUGAUUGGUAAGAUUCCUUUAAGGGCUCAGCCCCAAAGAGCUUUAUCCCAUCCCCUCACAGACUAAAAACUAAAGCUUGCAGAGACCUCUGAAGGAAAACCUGUCCCGGGCUCUGUCACUUCACACCCAUGGCUAACCCUGGAGGUGGUACUGUUUGCAACGGGAAACUUCACAAUCACAAGAAACAGAGCAAUGGCUUGCAAAGCAGAAACUGCACAAAGAAUGGAAUAGUGAAAGAAGCCCAGCAAAAUGGGAAGACACAUUUUUAUGAUAAGCUCAUUGUUGAAUCCUUUGAAGAAGCACCCCUUCAUGUUAUGGUUUUCACUUACAUGGGAUAUGGAAUUGGAACCCUGUUUGGCUAUCUCAGAGACUUUUUGAGAAACUGGGGAAUAGAAAAAUGCAAUGCAGCCGUGGAACGAAAAGAACAAAGAGAUUUCGUACCACUGUAUCAAGACUUUGAAAAUUUUUAUACACGAAACCUUUACAUGCGAAUCAGAGACAACUGGAACCGGCCCAUCUGCAGUGCCCCAGGGCCUCUGUUUGACGUGAUGGAGAGGGUGUCGGAUGACUAUAACUGGACAUUUAGGUUUACUGGAAGAGUCAUCAAAGAUGUCAUCAACAUGGGCUCCUAUAACUUCCUUGGUCUUGCAGCCAAGUACGAUGAGUCUAUGAGGACAAUAAAGGAUGUUUUAGAGGUGUAUGGCACAGGCGUGUCCAGCACCAGGCAUGAAAUGGGCACCUUGGAUAAGCACAAGGAGCUGGAGGACCUUGUGGCUAAGUUCCUGAAUGUGGAAGCAGCUAUGGUCUUUGGGAUGGGAUUCGCAACUAACUCAAUGAAUAUCCCAGCAUUAGUUGGAAAGGGAUGCCUCAUUUUAAGUGAUGAGUUAAACCACACAUCGCUUGUGCUUGGGGCCCGACUCUCAGGUGCAACCAUAAGAAUCUUCAAACACAACAACACACAAAGCCUAGAGAAGCUCCUGAGAGAUGCUGUCAUCUAUGGCCAGCCUCGAACCCGCAGAGCUUGGAAAAAGAUUCUCAUCCUGGUGGAGGGUGUCUACAGCAUGGAAGGUUCCAUCGUGCAUCUGCCCCAGAUCAUAGCUCUAAAGAAAAAAUACAAGGCUUACCUCUACAUGGAUGAAGCUCACAGUAUUGGGGCCGUGGGCCCAACCGGCCGAGGUGUCACGGAAUUCUUUGGACUAGACCCUCACGAAGUUGAUGUGCUCAUGGGCACAUUCACCAAAAGCUUUGGAGCUGCAGGAGGUUACAUAGCUGGAAGGAAGGACCUUGUGGAUUAUUUACGGGUUCACUCGCAUAGUGCUGUCUAUGCUUCAUCCAUGAGCCCACCGAUAGCAGAGCAAAUCAUCAGAUCACUAAAACAUCUCAUGGGACUGGAUGGGACCACACAAGGGAUGCAGAGAGUACGGCAACUUGCAAAAAACACAAGAUACUUCAGACAAAGACUGCAGGAAAUGGGAUUCAUUAUCUAUGGCAAUGAGAAUGCUUCUGUUGUUCCUCUGCUUCUUUACAUGCCUGGUAAAGUAGCGGCUUUUGCAAGGCAUAUGUUAGAGAAAAAAAUUGGAGUGGUGGUCGUGGGAUUUCCAGCCACUCCCCUCGCAGAAGCUCGGGCUCGGUUUUGUGUUUCAGCGGCCCAUACCCGGGAGAUGUUAGACACGGUUUUGGAAGCUCUUGAUGAAAUGGGUGAUCUCCUGCAACUGAAAUAUUCCCGGCACAAGAAGUCAGCACGUCCUGAGCUCUAUGAUGAGACGAGCUUUGAACUCGAAGAUUAAGUUUCCUGGUCCUGAAUGACACACAAAGACUUUGCGAGAAAGACCUCCCUCC